AUGGAUCAACGAGUGGUUGGUAUUCUUGGUGGUGGCCAGUUGGGCAGAAUGCUCACUGAAGCAGCCAACAGACUCAAUGUUCAAGUAGCCAUUCUGGAUGAAGAAAACAGUCCUGCUACUCAAAUCAGUACUUCUCCAAGACAUAUUCAAGGCAGUUUUAAAGAUCCAAUCAAGAUUGCUCAACUGGCAGCUGUUUCUCAAGUCCUGACGGUUGAAAUCGAACAUGUUGAUGCACUUUCACUUGAGCAGAUCCAGACCAAAACUGGAGUUGUUGUUCAUCCAUCUCCUGAUACUAUAAGAAUAAUUCAGGACAAGUAUGUACAAAAAAAAUACUUGACUGAACAUGCUCCCACAGUGCCCAUUGCUCCAUUCAGAGAAGUCGUGGCUGGUUCUGAGCUAGAUUCAAUUCUGGAAGCUGCCAUGGAGUUUGAAUAUCCUAUGAUGUUGAAAUCAAAAACAUUGGCUUAUGAUGGUCGUGGAAACAAAGUGAUUAAAAAUGCUGAUGAGAUUCAAAUCGCCAUUGACGCUUUGGGCGGUGGUGCCAGCAAAGGUGGGCCUGGAUUGUAUGUGGAAAAGUGGGUGUCGUUUGUUCGUGAGCUUGCUGUGAUGGUCGCUCGUAGCACCACGGGUGAGAUCUCGAGCUAUCCUUGUGUCGAAACGGUCCAGUCCAACAAUAUUUGCCACUUGGUGAUUGCUCCUGCGCAGAUCGAUGGACGAAUUGCUGCCAAAGCUAGAUUUAUUGCAGAAGAUGCUGUCGCUGCUUUGAAUGGUGCUGGCAUCUAUGGCGUUGAAAUGUUUUUGCUAAGUGACGACUCACUGUCAUUUAAUGAGAUUGCUCCUCGCCCACACAAUUCUGGUCACUAUACUAUUGAAGCAUGCCACACUUCACAGUUUGAACAGCAUCUACGUUGUAUUUUGGGGAUGCCUCUUGGAUCUCCAGCACUCAAGGUUUCUGCAUCAAUCAUGAUCAAUAUUAUUGGAACAGGCUCAGGCGAUGCUGCGUUGAAGGAAACUUUAGAGGCAUGUCAAACUUCGCUUGCUAUUCCAGGAGCUACAGUUCAUCUUUAUGGAAAAUCAGGAGUUCGAAAAGGCCGUAAAAUGGGUCAUAUUACUCUUAUUGGCGAAACCAUGUCUGAUGUGAUUGCCAACACCAAAGAUAUUUUGAAGCGUGUUCCAGGAUCUGUUGCCUCGGAUCUUUCUGCUAGUCCGCUUGUUGGCGUUAUUAUGGGCUCAGACAGCGAUCUUCCUGCUAUGCGUGCAGCUGCAUUAAUCCUUAAAGGGUUUGGUGUGCCAUUUGAGCUGACUAUUGUCUCGGCCCAUCGUACACCUGAUCGUAUGAUGGAGUAUGCAAAAAGUGCUCAUGAACGAGGAUUGAAGAUUAUUAUUGCCGCUGCAGGUGGUGCUGCACAUCUUCCUGGCAUGGUUGCAGCCAUCACGCCGUUGCCUGUGAUUGGCGUCCCCAUUUCUCUCAAAGUCCUCGAUGGCGUCGACUCACUCCACUCGAUUGUUCAAAUGCCGCGAGGUGUUCCUGUUGCCACGGUAGCAAUUAACAAUUCCACCAAUGCUGCUCUGCUUGCUAUUCGUAUUCUUGGUGCACAUAUGCCAAGCUACCUUGCACAACUUCAAGAAUACUCGAAACUUCAAGAGGAAGAAGUGCUCAACAAGGUCAAUAGACUUGCCGAGGUGGGAUGGGAAGACUAUCACGUUUAAACUUAUAGAGAAUGGACGAGCAUGAGCAAAACAUAGUUUGGCUGUAUGUUUACAAGCAUGACUUUAUACACAUGUCACACUCAUGCAACCAGAUCACAAUUUUACAUUUCCAACUCUUGAAUGAAUUCCAUUUAUUCU